CAACGGUUAAAUUCGAAUCUCAUCGAGUUCUACCGUAUCCCACAGGUACUUGUUCCUGAAGGGUCGACCGCUGCGCGAUUGGCUAAUGACCAUCGGGGAUCGCAGGGUAUAAAUCUGCACCAUGUCCGAUCCGUCCAUGGGUUCUGCUGAUGGCAGCGUCGCCAUCAAGCGCAAGCGUGACAGCACUGAUGAAACUGGCCCGGACGCCCAGCGACUCAACCGUUCUUCGAAUGGAAGCAACGGUAGCCUUCCGCCCUCGGACAACCAGCCCAACUUCACUCAUAGCUCGCUGGGAUCCUAUGAUGCCCACGGCCUCCCAACCACAGAGUUGAACAUCGACCAACAGAUUCUUCAGCACGUCGGACCGCAGAACGGGAUCUCGGACGACAAUACGUUAACGGCCAAAGCGGCGCUGGCUGCUCACACACCUCAGAAUAAAUACCCUCCCCCUCCCAACAACACCUUCGACAACAACCUUGCGCAUGGCUUGACCUUUGGAGACGAAAUCAGUCAGGCAAUUGGAUCCACUCAUGACCACAACUCCACUGCAGCCGCUGUCUACGCUGCACGCGAGGCACAGAGUAUGAAUCAGAAGCCUUCCGUUGGCUCUCCGGAGUGGCACCAGAUUCGCAAGAACAACCACAAAGAAGUGGAACGUCGUCGUCGCGAAGCCAUCAACGAGGGUAUCAACCAGAUUGCUCGCCUUGUGCCUAAUUGUGACAAGAACAAGGGCGCGAUCUUGCAGCGCGCGAUUGAGUACAUCUGCCAGUUGCACGACGAGAAGAAGACGAUGAGCGAGCGUUGGGAACAGAACAAUAUGACCACGAGUCAUGCCAUCAGCGAGAUCAGUUCGCAGAACUCGAAAUUGAAGGUCGAGGUCAACCGCCGCGGGGACAUUGCCCUGAAAUGGUUGCAGCGUUGCCGCGAUGCGGGCCUUGAGUUUGACGACUAUGAAGAAGCCAAGGAGCUGGAGCCGCUCGAGGUGGAUCCCGGCCAAGUUUGAUUUCUUCUCGUUAUCAAUCAGCAAGUCUCUAUUCCCCCGUGUGUCUCUGCGUGGCGUUCUUCAUGGGCCAAAUUCAUAUGUGCAACGACUUAUCCAAUUUUCGGAGGCCGAGAUUUGACAUGCUCACUCCUCUUUCUUUAUUUUCUUUUCAUUGAUGUUGCCGGUUGAUAUUACACAUGUUUCUGCACAAAUUCUAC